AUUACUAACGAUUUUUUAUAUUAAAUUUUGUUUUGUGAAACAUUGCAAAUAAAUUUAUGACUAAUUUCCUCAUUUAUCGACAAUUUUGAUGACAAUUAUUGUUUUACUCAUAACAGUAACAAUUGUAUGACAUUUACAUUAUAUUAGUGACUAAAACAUCGAUUCAAACCUAAAGUAAAUAACAAGAGGUGUCCGACAAUGGGUUGCGCUGUCAGUACCAGUGAUAAGGAGGCCAUCGAGAGAAGUAAAAAGAUUGAUAGCAUCUUAAGGGCCGACCAGGAAAAGGCCUCCCGUGAGGUCAAACUGUUACUAUUGGGUGCGGGAGAGUCGGGAAAGAGUACUAUUGUCAAACAAAUGAGGAUUAUCCAUGAAUCUGGUUAUACAAAAGAUGAAUGUCUUCAAUAUAAACCAGUGGUUCACUCAAACACCAUUCAAAGUUUGAUGGCUAUUAUCAAAGCCAUGAGUCAGUUAAAGAUUGACUUCAAGGAUCCGUCGUGUCACGAGUCGGCCCGAAAGUUCUUCACAAUGGUUGGUGCGUCCAUUGAGGGCGAACUCACACCAGAACUCUGUCAGGUGAUGAAGCGCUUGUGGUACGACCCGGGAGUCCAACAGUGUUUUACCCGAUCGCGUGAAUAUCAAUUGAACGACUCGGCGCAGUAUUAUCUUAACUCAUUGGACAGGAUUGCGGAGCCCAACUACGUGCCCACUCAGCAGGACGUACUGCGGACACGAGUCAAGACCACUGGUAUUGUUGAAACACACUUUUCAUUCAAAGGUUUACAUUUCAAAAUGUUUGACGUCGGCGGACAACGAAGCGAACGAAAGAAAUGGAUCCACUGUUUUGAAGGCGUGACUGCCAUUAUAUUUUGUGUGGCUCUCUCUGGAUAUGACCUGGUCUUAGCCGAAGACGAGGAAGUGAACCGUAUGAUUGAAAGUAUGAAAUUGUUUGACUCGAUCUGCAAUAACAAGUGGUUUAUCGACACAUCUAUUAUAUUAUUUCUCAAUAAAAAAGACUUGUUUGAAGAGAAGAUCCGCCGAUCGCCACUAACCAUAUGUUUUCCCGAAUACUUGGGAAACAACACCUAUGAAGAGGCCGCAGCUUAUAUUCAGAUGAAGUUUGAAAACCUUAACAAAAGGAAAGACACCAAAGAAAUAUACACUCACUUCACGUGUGCCACCGAUACUAAUAACAUACAGUUUGUCUUCGACGCCGUCACUGAUGUUAUCAUCAAAAAUAAUUUGAAAGAUUGCGGACUUUUUUAGAGGCCAUUACUAUUUAUAUGUAUAAAUAUAUUGAUCAGCAAUUUGUUACCACAAAUCCAUUAGUCAUCAUCACUUUCAUUGUCUAAUUUUAUUUUUCUUAUCAAUUUUAAUCAUUAAUUCACUGACAGAUUUACCACUUUUUCGUCAAUAAGCUUAAUAAACAU